ACGCCCAUCACCAACGGAAGUUGCUUUCUUUCCGCUGUGAUCGCGUCUCGGCAUUACUCGCCGAACCCCCCUCCCCUUUGUGUAAGGUAAGCUGUUUGAUAAUCGUCCUUUUAUCGGCGCUCCGGUUAGUCAUCCGUCGUAUAUCGAGUUUUCAGAGAGGGAGACCUCACCAUGACCGAGAACGACGUUGACAAUGAGCUGCUGGAUUAUGAAGAUGAUGAGGUGGAAAACCAAGCCGCUGGAGAAGGGGUGGAUGUCCCAUCUAAAAAAGACGUCAAGGGAUCCUAUGUCUCCAUCCAUAGUUCUGGCUUCCGUGAUUUCCUAUUGAAACCAGAACUCUUGCGUGCCAUUGUUGAUUGCGGCUUUGAGCACCCUUCAGAAGUACAACACGAGUGUAUUCCACAAGCAAUCUUGGGCAUGGAUGUCCUGUGCCAGGCCAAAUCUGGCAUGGGCAAGACUGCCGUCUUCGUUCUUGCUACGCUUCAGCAGUUGGAACCAAUAACAGGACAGGUUUCUGUGCUAGUGAUGUGUCACACGCGUGAGCUGGCCUUCCAGAUUAGUAAGGAAUACGAACGGUUCUCCAAGUACAUGCCCAGUGUCAAGGUGGCAGUGUUCUUUGGGGGCCUGUCCAUCAAGAAGGAUGAAGAGGUUCUGAAGAAGAACUGCCCCCAUAUUGUGGUGGGGACCCCGGGCCGCAUCCUGGCUUUGGCCCGCAACAAGAGCCUUAACCUCAAACAUAUCAAGCAUUUCAUCCUGGACGAAUGUGACAAAAUGCUUGAGCAGCUUGAUAUGCGUCGAGAUGUCCAGGAGAUCUUCCGCAUGACCCUGCAUGAAAAGCAGGUCAUGAUGUUCAGUGCUACUCUCGGCAAGGAAAUCCGCCCCGUGUGCCGCAAAUUCAUGCAAGACCCUAUGGAGAUCUUCGUGGAUGACGAGACCAAGCUGACGCUGCACGGUCUGCAGCAGUAUUAUGUCAAACUGAAAGACAACGAGAAGAACCGCAAGCUGUUUGACCUGCUUGAUGUGCUGGAGUUCAACCAGGUGGUCAUCUUUGUGAAGUCUGUGCAGCGUUGCAUAGCUCUGGCCCAGCUCUUGGUGGAGCAGAACUUCCCAGCCAUUGCCAUCCAUAGAGGCAUGCCCCAGGAAGAGAGAUUGUCACGGUACCAGCAGUUCAAGGAUUUCCAGCGUCGUAUCUUGGUAGCCACCAAUCUGUUUGGUCGUGGCAUGGAUAUUGAGCGGGUCAACAUUGCUUUCAACUAUGAUAUGCCAGAGGAUUCAGACACUUAUUUGCACCGGGUGGCUCGUGCCGGUCGCUUUGGCACAAAGGGCCUGGCAAUCACUUUCGUGUCAGAUGAGAAUGAUGCUAAGAUCCUAAAUGAGGUGCAGGACCGCUUCGAAGUGAACAUCAGUGAACUGCCUGAUGAAAUUGAUAUCUCCUCCUACAUUGAACAGACCCGAUAAAAGGAGGCUUGCCUCUCCACGUUGACCUUGGUUUUAAUUCCUGACCUCUGCCACUUUCCUGAAACUUCACAUUUAAUUUCACCUGAUGGAGAAAGAAGUGACUGACUGUCUGGAAUACGAACCCACCCCCAGUCCUGUGGCAGGGACAGAAGAGCAUCUGUCACUUAACUAACGUGUAGUGGAAAUGAGGCUGAUCACAGCAAACCUCCAUUGCUCAACGGGGGAGAGAGAGAGCCCUUGGGGUGGAAGUCUCAUUGCUCGACCCGCACCAAGACGGAAGGAGCCACCCUCCUGUUGAUGAUGCUUUUACAAGAGACUUGAUUUUUUUUCAGACGGAUGUUCACUGCCUGCCUACCAGCAAGUUUUGGGGAGGAAUUCCUCAUGUUGCAUUGCUCCACUGUGUUCUCCACUCAGCACCUCAUCUUCCCCACUGCUCUUGACAGGAAAUCACAAAAGAAAAGGGGGGAGGGAGCUGAGGUGGGGGUUGCUCUUAACGAAUUUGUGGCAUUCAAAAAUGGUGUUUUUGUUUUAAAUGGGGUGACUUCCUGGAAUGGGAGAAACUAAGAAAACAAGCUUCCUUUUGUACACGCUCUCUCAUACCAUUUUAAACUCCACUUUAUUUUUAUUUUAUUUUUUCUCCCCUCCCCUGCGUAUUCCUCAUGGUUUUCCACUUUGUCUGCAUGUUAACAUUACUUCCAUCCCUGCUGGUAUCUUCUGGCGGGUAAACUAGUAGUGAAAGCUAGUCAUGUUUUAGCUGUGGCUUGUUCUCUCUCUCUCUCUCCCUCCCUCCCUCUGAGACCCUCUUAAUUCUUAUUUUUGGUAAUAAAGGAGCCCAGCUCUUAAGGGUGACUGAUUAAACUAGUCUUGUGAAUAAA